GUGGCCGGGCAGGUGGUCAGCGUCUGCAACUACGGCCUCGGGCGUAUCGGGCGCCAAGCGGCCCGCGCCGCCACGAAAGACCCGCAACCGGAGUUGAAGAUCGUGGACGCUGGCCACGGCCUGCACAAGCGCAAGUUCGGCCUGGACCUGGACAAGGACGGGAGCCUCUGCGAGGGCAGGCUGGAGGACCCGAAGGGACAGGAGGACCCGAAGGGCCUGCACAAGCACAAGUUCGGCUGGGACCUGGACGAGGACGAGCGCCUCUGCGAGGACAGGCCGGACAUGCUGGAG